CAUCGGCGAGUCCGCGAAAUCGCCGCGACAUUUCGCCCUCUUCCUACCUCUCUUUUCCGCGUUCUCCAUUCGACCUUUGUCGUUGUUGAAUUCGUGCAAAAUCUUUACAAAAAAGAUCGACAUCGUCCAAUUCUGCAUACGUUCGUGAGAGCGAAGAAUUGAGGCGUUUUCCAGUGAUUGUGUGAUCUUGAUGGCGUGGAGAAGAGCGGGUUGUCGUGACGUGCUGUCCGUUACUCGCCAUCUUGACAUUUCUAGCAGUUACUCGGGGGAAAGAAAGAGAGAAAGAGAAUGAAAGAGGAGAGAACUGUCAAUCGGCAGAAAUCAUUUCGUUUCGAUUGUUCUAUCGCGCGGUCUCGUGAUUUCAUGAAUUAUCGCUUUCGUGCGCGGUCGAAAUUGUGCUACACCAAUUAGCACGAUCAAUCAACGAGUGCCCGUCGUCGUCGUCGUCACCACCACCAUCAAUCUUUUCUCGCUCACGGAAGAAGAAAGGUUUCUGCGCUGGCACGAGAACGCGCGCGCGAUUAGGCUGCGGUUAGGGUCGCGAGUAGGUCGCGGUUAGAUCGCGGUGGACUUCGUCAGGAGACGUCGCUCACGACGACCUCGGGCACGACGCGAAGUGUACGUACAGUGAUAGACAAAACGCGCGCGCACGGUGAGUUGUUUCUCGUGGUAGAAUAUAGAAAAACGAACGAACGGUCGGUCGGCCUGGAAAGAGAGGAAGAGAGAGAGAGAGAGAGCGGAAGAAGCAUAGCGAGAAGAUAUACGCGCCGACGCUACCGACCGCGUCGAGAGAGAGAGAAAGAGAGAAAAAAUGCAGCGCGAGGGUGCUGCGAUUCGGACGACGCGUCGUGUCGUCUUGCAACGAUGUUAAGGCCCGCGCAACACGGGAAAUAAAGCGGGAUCGCCAAAAAAGAUGGCCGCAGCGAACACCCAGCAGCUUCUCAAAUAGGAAACAUUUCAAUAACUUUGGAAACAUGAAAUCCUUAGCUAUGCAAGGAAUCGGUGGAUAUGAGACAGACCUGCCUGGAAGCAGACCCUCUAACGACAUAAAUGAGGCCAUAAUGGAUAUUACUAAUGAUAUGUAUUCAGAAGACAACAGAAACAUAAGAAAGGAAGAGAGUUCUAUGAUAUCCAAUCUUCCUCUUUUGUUUGCUAAUGGACAUCCCACAUCUCUAGAGAAGAUCACGAUGGUGCAACUAGAGCGCUUUAUAUCCUUCAUGGUUCAUUGUUCGUUGGGGCAUGACACCACUAGAAUUAUUAACAAACCUCAGUGGUGGCCUCAAGAUAUUAAAUUUUCAAAUCCACUGACAAGACCCAAAAAAAUCAAUGAUAACUGGAUGGCGAAUCUAAAGAAAUUAGUUUUCCGUUGUUACACAUACCACAGAAGCGAAUAUUUGCUGCGUUUUUGUUCCUAUCUGGCACGAUAUCCGCACGAAGAACUGGAGUAUGUGAAUAAUUGGGAUUCAACGACUAGUCUAUAUCACAAAAGUUCCGGGAAGCUUUUAGUAACGUUCCGCAAUGAGAAUAUGAAUUACGAUAAGAAGAAUGACAGCUCGCGAAGGACAUUGCUGUCUCAUAAUGCAACUUCACCGGGUUAUGGUAACAAGGCCAAGCAACAGAAUACUCCCAUGAUGGUCCAACCACCAUGUGACGAUAUUUAUCUAUGCGACAAUUGCGACGCCGAGUUCGUUGGUCUCGCGAAGAUGAAGGAGCACGAAAAGAUAUGCGGUGAUCAAGAUCAUGGCGGCAGUGGCUCACGGUCGUCCACACCGGAUCUGUCCACGAUUGAGCCCGAGCAGCAACAGCAUCAAUUUCUAGACUAUUUUAACUUGAGAUCAAAUGAGACUGAAGCUAAGCCGUCUGGUGUGAAUAACACAAGCGAAACUGAAAACAACGUCGUUAGACGAACGUCUCGGCGCGUCAGAGGAGCCCUCAAUUUCGCGAGAUGCGCCACCAUCCCGUUCUCGUCACCCGCUGGUUUAGUACUAGCAAAGAAGUCUAAGACAAUGACCCAGGAAACGCAACAGGAACGAUUAGAGCGAAUAGAGAGACACGUUAUUGCGCCAGUAUUAAGGAAUUCGUUUAGACCAAAGUGGUUGGACGCCGAACCGGACUACGAUAGAUGGGUGGUUACGCACAAACCAAACCGAGAUAAACCAAUGAAUGGUUAUGUGCACCAAUAUAAAUAUGUAAAAUCGUCCAAGAACAAAUUCGUUCUGAGUAUACAGUCGCAACUGUUGUACGCCGCGUGUCGACCUAUUUACGUCGUUGUUGCCCAACUGAGUCAAAAAGAGAUCGAGGAGCUGAAACAAAACCCUUUGCAAUACCAGCCUCCGACUAUUGCGGGUAAAGUCAUAUUAACGAGAAAAGCAGGACCAGCUUGCAAGACGAGAUCGCAACAGAAAGUUCAUGCACAAAACGCGUCGGUCUCUUCGAGACGCAGAACGCCGCUGGGAAACGAAUCCGAUCCGAUUGUUGUCGAGGACGACGAAACCAUCAAUACAGCAAGUGUUACAGAGGCCUCAAGUGCCUCCACUGUUGUAAGACCAUCUCUCGUGGAUGACGCAGAGCCUACAAGGACGGUCAAAGAGAAGAGAUCAUCGUGUCCAACGAGUUCAAUUAUGUUGAUCGAUCUUUGCUCGUCCGACGAAGAGGGAGAUCGGUGUACUCCGACACCAGCUUGCGACGAGAAUAGGGAUCCUAUGAACUCCGCAGAGUCCACGAUCACGAGAUCCUUUGUGCGGAAAGUCACUUCGACCAACAAACACUACACGAAACCUUACAUUUGCCCCGCGCCCUCGCCGGACCGGUUGUCGAGUAAUGUACUAAAUGAAGAUAGAAACGAAAAUUGUUCUAACAAAUCUCGAACUGGCGUAUUGAACGAAUACGCACAUCUUUCUCCUGCUCUUAGAUCGACACCAUAAAUAUCAUGUCCACAGAUAAGAAGUUGUUAAGAUGAUUCCCCUUGUGCAUUGUUAUAUAUGUACAUUGUUUCUUGCGUAUUUAUUAUUAUACUAAACGGCAAGUUUGCGUUAGAUAAUUUGCAUGAUAUUAUGAUUUCGUAUUUUUGUUCCAGUGUAUAAAGAUUGAAAGUUAUAAUAUGAGCAAAAAAAGAAUCUAUCAUGUCCAGUUGGAUCAUAUUUGAAGUAAUGCUUCCAAAUAUUUGGAUAUCUGAAUAUUCGAAUAUUCGAAA